AUGGGGGUCGCCGCCGCUGGGGCCCUGCUCGUCAGCUUCGACGGGUACAUCAGGCCGAGCAACACCCUGGCCAUCACGAGCCGCGAGGUGAGCCAGCGCCAGGCGGGAUCCAAUCCCAACUACCCCAGCCUCGUGGUCACGAUCGCGCCCCAGGCCGACGACCACGGCCAGCAGCCCGCCCCAUCGACCAAAUCGGGGGACCACGAUUGCACCAUCGUCUUCGGCGACCAGGCCAGCCUCAAGGCCAACAGGGGCAUCUGCCGCGACGCCCUGCUCUGGGCCUCGAAGAAGGCCCGCCGCGGCAGGCCCCUGUUCGACAUCAGCCUCGCAAAGUACGAGCAGCUCUUCAACCAAGCCGUGUCCGACGUAAAGCUGAGAUCUCUCAGAGUCACGCCGCACUGUGCCCGACACGGAGGCCCGAGCACCGACGCAGCUCUCAAGCUGCGCCUUCUUGAGGCCAUCCAGAAGAGAGGCCUCUGGCGCUCGGCCUCCAGCGUGCGGCGCUAUGAGAAGCAUGGCGCACUCAUGCGCCAGAUUGCAAAGAUGACGUCCUCCCAGCUUCGCUCUGUGCCCGCAGCCCUUCGAAGGCUGCAGAAUAUGUUCAAGAUUUGA